AUGCCUGUCAGUCUGGGCUAACUGGAGUACUCCGUGUGCCUCUUCCACUGUGUCCAGCACCUUCUGGACCUCAAGACAAAGGACACAGUCAUAUUCUGCUCAGAUAUGACUGGUGUGAGUAACACACUGGCGCGGGAGUUCCUGACUGACGUGCACCGGCUGUGCAGUGCAGUGGCUGAGGGGGGAGAGGAUGAGGAGGAGUGUCGCAUGUUGAAGCUGGGCGAGUACCUGGUCAGGGGGCGGGGUUUCCUACUACUCAACACCUUGGAUCAUGUCAUCGACCAGGAGCUGGCGUGUCGGGAGGACCUGCUGACGCUGUUGCUGUCCCUGCUGCUGCUGGUGUGGAAGAUACCUUUACAGAACCAACCAGAGUACACACUCUCUUCACUGCCAGAAGUGUUUCUCCAGCGUGAGAGGAAGGCAUUGAGAUCGGGGCGGGAGAAGGCCGUCUCAGACGUGCAGGAAUCUGGGAGGUCACGGUGCCAGCUCAGGGCCUCCCAGCAUCGCACGGUGAGGCAUGCACGUAGGCCCCAGCUGCCCGCUUCCAAUUCUGACACCCCUGCAGAUAAGCCCAUCAGCUUUGGGGGUAAACGUCUCCGAUCCCGAGGCUCGACCACGCCAGUCGACCGGCAGGACCGUCAUACGAAAGCCCCGAAUGCGGCGCCCCCCGACGCAGAAACCAUGAGCGCCCCAGAGCGGCCAGACCUCCAGCAGAGGUCCAAGAGCGAGCCGCUCACGGAGCCCGUCGCUCUGUCCAUCUUCGAUGGCAUGGAGCAGUCACCAUUGGACCUCUGCCAUGUCCUGCUCUCACUGCUGGAGAAGGUCUGUAAGUUUGACAUGAGCCUCAACCACAACCCCGGGCUGGCUAUCAGUGUGGUGCCCACGCUCACCCGCAUGCUGACGAAGUUCGGGGACUGCUGCGAGCCGUGGGGCGGCAGGGGCAGCGGGGCGGGGGACCUAGCUCAGGGCUGGACGGAGGAGCCCGUGGCCCUGGUGCAGAGGAUGCUGCUGCGCUCCAUCCUGCACCUGAUGUCUAUGGGCGUGAGCCAGGGGGAGGCGCUGCCCCAGCACCUCCGUAGGAACCUGUCCGACCUGCUGCAGGCCACCCUGAAGAUCCGCAGCUGCCUGGAGCGGCAGGCCGACCCCUUCGCCCCGCGCCCCAAAAAGACCCUGCAGGAGGUCAGAGACGACUUCUCCUUCUCCCGGACCCGGCACGGGGCGCUGCUGCUGCCGGAGCUCCUGGGCGGGGUUCUGGGGGUGCUGCUGGGCUCCCUGCAGGCCUCAGAGCCCAACCCCUUCUUCUUCAGCCAGGCGCUGGAGCUGCUGCACGAGUUCCUGCAGCACCGCGGCCUGCCGCUGCUGGAACACGCCCUGCUGCGGCUGGAGCGGCCGGACGUCCGAGAGUCCGCCAUCAGCGAGGAGGCGGCCGGACACUCGUGUGACAUCAUCGCCGCCGCGCUGAACAUCGUCGCCGCCGUCAAGGAGACCAAGUCUGAGCAGCAGCACCAGUCCGUGUGCGCCCGGCAGCACCACGGCCGCUGCCAGUACUCGCAGUUCCUGCACCACCACCACGACCUCUCGGGCCCGCCCACCUCCACCGUCACCCGGGCCGCCCGCCACAACCCCUUCCAGGAGGAGCAGGCAGGGGAGGAGGCACCCUGCACCGAGCGCUGCUGCUGCCUGGCCGCCAUCUCCCGGCAGUGCCUGCGCUUGCUCCGGCUGCUGCCCCCCGACAGCGCCCCCUCCCUGCAGAUCCUGGCCGGGCUGCAGGCUGUAGGGAUCUGCUGCUGCAUGGAUCCCAGCUCCGUGGUGGGCCCCCUCCUGCACCUCCUCAGCCUCCGCAGCCCGGGCAGCCCCCAGGCCCGCGUGCUCAACCUCCUCAGCCGUCUGCUCCUGGAGCAGCUGGGGGCGGGGCAGCCUACAGAGGCAGCCAAUCAGGUCGCCUGCAACAUUUGUACUCUGGAUAGCAGCCAGCUGACGAGCCUGGAGGCAGCCCUGAAGGGGGGUCUCGCUGCCCCGCCUUCUCCUGGCUCCUGCCGUUCCCAGGGCGUCCUGUCCAGAGAGGGGGUCGGGGAAUGCGAGGACCUCCUGUGGAAGUGGGAUGCUCUAGCGGCCUAUCAGGACCAGGCAUUUAGCGAGGACCGGCAGCUCAGCCUGCUGAUGGCAGCUCAUGUGCGUCAGCUGGUCCUGCGGGGAAACCUGGUGGUACGCUGGCAGCUCUAUACCCACGUCUUCAGCCCCCUGCUGCAGCGGGGUGUGGAGCUGGCCCACCACGCCCAGCAGCUGGGUGUGUCCACCAGCUGUGCCCAGGCCUGCAGCUACCACAGCCAGUGCCUGCCCAUAGAGGUGCUGCAGGUGUACCUGCGCACACUACCUGCAUUACUGCAGUCCAGAAUGACCCGGGACCUGUUCCUGGGCUGUAAUGGGCUGAACCAGGUAACGGAGCUGGUUUACCUGGACGGCACGCGCCCAUGGGCCCUGAAGGUGUUUGAGACACUCAUCCUGAAUGAGGUAGAAGAGCAGGGCAACAUCCUGCUGUCGGUUCCCAUCCCCACGGAGACGGGGACCACAGAGGGAGACGGGGGGCCUGCGGGGGGUCAGCCCAGCCUCAGCACGCUGUGUGAGGGUCUGAGGGAGGGGAAGAGUCGCCAGUGCAGGGCGGGGGAGGGGCCGCGGCACGGCGGGGGCGACGCCCACCUCAACACUAUCAACCUCUUCCUGCGCAUGGCUUUCCUAUGCGUCAGCAGGGACGCGGACUCGGACCGCGACUCCACCAACGACUCGGAGGACACGUCGGGCUAUGACAGCACGGCCAGUGAACCCCUGUCCGCCCGUCCGCCUCGCUUCUCCCCCGACCGCCUGGCUCUGCCGUCCCGCGACCAGCUGCGGCGUGCGGCCGACGUGUGGACCGCGUGCCGUGGGGUCUACCUGUCCAGCACCAUCUUUCGGAGGCAGUUCUACAGGCUCGGGGGGCUGGAGGUCUGCUUCCACCUCAUCAUCUUGGUCAUCCAAACUCUGGCCUCUAAGUCCAGGGACAGCAGAGUCAGGAGGAGGGAGCCCAAGGGGAGGGUCGAUCCGGCCCAGCCAGACGCAGCCCAGGAUCCCGCUGAUCCCCCUGGCCCAGCGCGAGGCGAGGCCCAGGCCAGAGUCCCCCCUUGGAGGCAGGAGGAGGAGUGGGCUCUGGAGAGCGUGCGGCUGCUGGAGGCCCUGAUAUCCAUAUGUCUGCACAGCUGCAGCAUGGCCCAGAAUAAGAAUGAGCCUCAUCUGUCCCCACAGUUGCGGUCAGUAGAGGAGGUUCUGGCUGAGGUGCGAGACCAGCUCUGUGGUUUGGGUCUGAUGGAUACCGACCUGGCCAUCCCACUAUUUGACUCUCUGCUGCGUGUGGCCUUGGCACAAGUGUGCACCAGCUUUGAGGCCAUAGUGGAGAAGAACACACUGUCCUUGUGGGGAGAGGAAUUUGUACCUCCUGCAGGAGAUCUCUCAGAUGAGGGAGAGGAGCCAGAGGAAGGCAGGUUUUGGUCCCAGGAUGGAGAGGAGGGAUAUGAGGCUGACAGUGAGAGCGAUCCAGAGUGUACCACCCGCCAGGACCAAGCAGGUGAAGAGGCAGAUUUGGCUCAAGUACGAGGUACAGUGUUCGGGAUGAAGGCAGAAGGUCGCUGCAUGGGGGUGCUGCUGUUUCCAGAGAUCUGUACCUUGGAGCUGCAGAUUCUUUCUGUUUCUUCCCCAACCCCGGAGGUCCUUCUUCACAUCCUGCACAGCCUGCUGGGAGUGGUGUGCAAAAACCCCCAUAAUGCUACACUCCUGUACCAGCAGGGAGCUGUGAAAACCAUUUUGGGAGGAUUCCAGAACACCCUGAAGCAGUCAGACUCUUCCUUUCAAGCGUGUCAGGCGGUACUAAUGGAACUGCUGGUUGCCAUGGUGAGGGACCACAUCACAGCAGAAGAAGUAGCCAUGUUGAUCCGGCUGUUCCUGGAGAAGGAGCCUCCCGCUGAUGGGGUUCUGAAGGGGAUCCUGCGGAUUGUCCAGGCCAACAUGGACAUGGAGGCUCUGCAUUUCCUGUCUUUUCCGCUGCUACCCAGCACUUCCUGCCCAGGUCCCAGACACAGCCGGGCAUGGGUUGGCAGGGCAUGGAGGGGCCAACCCCCCCUGAGGUGCAGGGAGGGGGGUGAAGAGACUAUCCCUGCUCACCAGCUCACCUCUCCCUGGUAUGUGGCUCCCAUCCACCUGCCCCUAGUGGGGCAGAACUGCUGGCCACAUGCGGCUAAUGGCUUCAGCCUGUCACUGUGGAUGAGGGUCCCACCCACUGCAUGGAAAAACUCUGGCAACUUGGACAGGAAAACCAUGAAAUCAACAGAGUUCAGGGACAACAACCAGAACAGCACAGAGCAGGAGAAGUGUCCAUCAGUGGGGCGCCGGGGUCCACCCCGUCCCGGUGACUCGCUGGUGGAGGAGGGCUUUCUCCACGUUGCCUCGCUGGGCUCCAAGGCCCUCAUGCUGCAGCUGUGGGCCCACCUGCCCACCGGAACCUUCUUAUUCAGGAUUUGUGUUGACCCUAAUGAUGAGAUGAAGGCAGGUCUGCUAGCCCAAGCAGAGUCUGGGGAGGGGGUCCUGACUCCAGGCCGGUGGCAGCAUGUUGCCCUCACCUACACCCAGCAGCCUGAAGGCAAGAAGAGCAUCUGCGGCACCCUGGCACUCUGGGUGUGCGGCAUCAGGAAGUGUGAGCUGUCCCUGGACUACGCCCUCCCCAGGAAGUCCAGCCUGUCCAUGGACACGAAGACCUUCUGCCUUCUUGGACACUACCAGGCUUGUGCAGAAGAGCUGGCCUGGCAGAGAGGAUGCUGGGAUAUGGGCUGUGUGAUGGUCUUCAAUGGCUCUAGAAUUGGUCCAGAGGAAGCCUUUUAUCUGUACACCAGCGGGCCUGACUGCACCUCCAUCAUACCCUGCAAGUAUGGCACGCCCAGCCCAAAGGUGUCCAGGUACAUGACCCUGGAGGGCCUACAGAACUGGGGAAUGAUGUCCAGGAGCAGAGGAGGGGGACCAGAAACUGCGUCACUUAUCGAGGGUUUGGCGGUAGUGUAUGUCCCAGGCUGCCCCAGUCAGUACUCUAUCUACGAGCCACUCUCUGCACUGAAGGGACAGCCCAAGAUGGCUGUGACUCAGCGGACAUUGCGCACUAAGACGGCGCAGAGUAACGUGCUGGAGCCACAGGUCCUCCGCGCCCUCAGGCCCAACGAGUCCCAGAGCCUGCAAAGCGUCCUGCACAAGAUAGGGGGCGCUGCCUCCUUCAUAUUUCUCUUUGCCAGGGUUGUGGAGUUGAGUGACUGUGAGCAGACCCAGGCUCUAGCCUUGCAAAUUCUGCUGUCUCUGGUCAAACAAAAUCAGCACCGAGUCCAGGAGAUGGACAGUUGCCAUGGUUACUCCAUGAUCCACCAGGUUCUCAUCAACACCAAAUGCAUUGUGGGGUACCACAUACUCAAGGCUGUGCUGGAUGGCUGCUUCAGUCAUGAGAUCCUCACUGUUAGUGCAGAUGGGCAGUUCUGUCUGAACACUGAGUCCACAGCUGUGGUGCAGGACCUGAGACUGGUGUCCGGUGUGCUGCUGGACUGGAAGAUCUGGUCCAGGGCUCAGGAUGGGGUAUGGGAAACCCUGCUUGCAGCCCUGGAGAUCCUCAUCAGGGUGCACCACCCCCAGCAGACAUUCAACAUCCAGCAGCUCCUCAAGGCCCAGGUGGUCCACCGCUUCCUGCUCACCUGCCAGGUGCUACAGGAGCAGCUGACCCCUGUACCCCAGGAGGUCUGUUUGUCCUUCACUAAGAUCAUUCAGGAAGUCCUGGGCUCCCCUCCAGACCUGGACCUUCUCAGGCUCAUCUACAACUUCCUGUUGGCUGUGCAUCCACCCUCAAAGACCCACGUGUGCCACACCCCCACCAGCUUCUACUUCUACCUGCACAUUGAUGGCAGUCUGCACCAGGAGAAGGUGCAGUCCAUAGUGUCUCUGAGGCGUUACAGCAGUGGGGAGAAUUCUGCCAGCAGCUCUGUGUUCUCCUCCUCUCCCAUCAGCUUCACUGCAGCACACUCCCAAGAUCCAACUCCGCCACCCUCUCCAGAACAGGAUGACGGGGGUCAGUCUCUGCCCCCCACCAAUGAACCUCUCUCAGCCCCUUCCUCCCCAUCUCUGUCCCCCCACCUGUCCCAUGAGGACAGUGACGGAGGUCCCUUCGGAGCUCACCAGAGCAGUACGGAGACCGUGAGGCGGGACGGCGCCGAGCAGCUUAUGAACAGCUCCGACUCGGUCAGCACCGUCUGUGACCUGCGGCCAGAGAGGGGCGGGAUGGACACUCCCCCCGUUAGUGUGGAGGAGGAGCCAGAGGACGGGGACGCAGCAGACCAUUUUGACUCGGGCAGCGUAGAGGCACCACUUGUUCCAGAGAGCCUGCAGCAUCUCCAGUCUCCCCAGAAGAGGGAGAGUGCCUUCGCUAGCCUGGGCCUGGCUUUUCCUGCCCAAAAUGGCUCCCUGCCAGUCACCCACAGGAGCAGCCUGGUUUUCCCCGCCCACUACAGUGCUCUGCCAAUCACCCGAAGGAGCAGCCUCGCUUUCCCCGCCCACAACAGCGCUUUGCCAAUCACCCGCAGGAGCAGCCUGGCUGACAGCAGGACGCUGCCCAGGAACUGGGAGAGCUACGCCGACACGCCCGGCUACGGGACUGCCCACAGCACAACCGGCUCCACUGACAGGUCCGGUGUGGAGGGCUGCCUGCUUCUGAUGUGCUGCGGCCUGUAUGAGCUCCUGAGGGGGGCGCUGCUGCUGCUGCCAGACGGCAUGCUGGACCAGGUGAUGGACAACCUCAUCCAGCCCCAAGCGCUCAUCGUCCUGAUCAACCACUCAUCGCCUCUCAUCCAGCUGGGCGUCAUGAAGUUGCUUGAUGCUUACUUCAUUCGGGCCACUAAGGAGCAGAAGGAGAAGUUUCUGAAGAAGCAGGGUUUCUCUCUGCUGGCCAACCAGCUGUACCAGCAGCCGGGCUCGCAGGAGCUCCUAGAGUUCUCCCUGGAGAUGCUGCUCGGCCGCCCCGUGGGGCUGGAGGACGAGCUAGAUCUAGAGGAUGCAGACAGCAUGGACCCGUUCAGGAGGCGCUGUGUCAUCCCAGUGCUGGGGCUGAUAGAGAACUCCCUGUACGAGAGCUCGCUGGUGCACAACGCCCUGUACGUCCUGCGGCAGCUGCUCAACACCUGCCCCAAACUGGGGGACGUCCUGCUGGACCACGGCCUGCUGCACACGCUCCUCAACACACUGGCCACCCUCAACGGCCUGGAGAACGGAAUCACUCUGAAUGAAUACAGACUCCUGCUGUGUGAUAUCCAGCAGCUGUUGGUGGCCGUGACCGUUCACUCCUGCAGCUCCUCGGGGUCUCAGUACUUCCGCAUAAUGGAGGACCUGAUCACACUGCUGGGCUACCUGCACACCAGCAAGGUCCAGCGCACACAGGAGAUGGCCGUGGUUCUGCAGUUCAGAGUCCUGCAGUCUGCCAUCGAGUUCAUCCGAAGCACAGCCAAUCAGAACCCUAAGGAUGUGAGCAGUUCUGGAGACCCGCCCCCCUCUCCACGCCGUGCCCUUCAGCAGAAACGCAGGAGUAUAGCUGGUUCCAUGGCCACGAAAGACUCCCUUUUUCCUCGAAUUCCAAGGCAGCACUACUGUUCAUAUGGACAGAUUCCACUGCCACCCCCCUUCAGUUUCCUGUCCCAGGACUCCCCCCUCCCCUCUCCCACAGGGACCACCUCCUACCUGCUUCCCGCUGACGCAGGCCGGCGCCGGUUCUCCAUGGUGCAGUCGGACUCCUUGCUGACGCGGGUGCGCUCGAUGGCGGGGGAUGAUCUGACGGAGAUGAUGCAACGCAGGAUGAGCGAGGAGAACCCCGCCCGUGCCAGCGAAUCAGAGCUUGUGCAGCGCCUGCAGAGGCUGGUGGUGCUAGCAGUCAACCGUCUCAUCUACCAUGAUAUCAGCCAGGACUGCUUUGACCUCCUGAAUAUGACAGAAUCCUCUGCGCAGCAGCCUGGCCCAGGAGAGCAGGCCCUGGGGCAGAAUGGCCUGGCUCCGCCCCUCACCAGCAUUAGAAGCUUCCAGAAGGCCAUUCUUAGGCUGAUGGUGGAGGGGAUGAAGAUUAGUCUGGGCGUGUCGGGGAGGGGCGGUGCUCCCAGGCAGCAGUGGAGGCGGAUGUUGUGGUCCUGCAGGGACACAUUUCGGGUGCAGAUCGGGCGCCUCCUGGUUCAUGCGCUGAGCCCUGCACGGCCACUGCAGAGCAGGAAGGAGGCGCUGGAGCUGGUGUACGAGCCCUGCCACCCCGAAAUCCUGCGGGAGAGCCUGAGCCCGGGUCUGGAGCACGGGCCAAAGCUAGCUCUGUACCUGUACGAGCUGCUCCAUGACCACAAAGGCAAGCUGAGUAAGGAGGAGCAGACAGCUGGGGGGGUCUUCCUGACGUCCCUCAAACUGUGCGGUCACCGCUGCGUCCCGCCCAGCGCCCCCCCAAAACCCGACCUCAUCAAGGCCAUCAAAGAGGAGCAGCUGAAAUACCUGUCUGAUGAAAAAAUGAGCAAGGCCGCCUGGGAGAAGAAAAUGGGAAUCACUCAGAAAAGUCUGAUGCAGAGGCUGGACAGCAGGUCGAAGGACAUCUUCAGGAUGGCGGCGGACGUCACGCAGAAUGUGUCCCUGCGGCAGGGCUUGGAGCGCAAGAAGGUGAUUCAGCACAUCCGCCGUCUGUACAAGGGAGACCUGAGUGCCAGCCGAUUCUGGAAGGAACAAGUACAGCAACUUACACAUGACAGAGCGGUUUGGUAUGACGAGGCCUCAUACCCCACGUCCUGGCAGUUGGACCCCACCGAGGGCCCAAACCGGGAGAGGCGGCGCUUACAGAGGUGCCAUCUCACCAUCCCAAAAAAACACCUGCUGCAGGACCGCUGCAAGGCAAAGGACCAAGUCAAGCCUCCACUGUCAUACCUGUUUGGGGAUAAAACCCGCUUAUACUCUUCAACUGUGAAAGACAAAGCCACCAGCGAGCUUAUCAGGUUCACCAGGCGGUGCAUUAAUGUGGCGCCCUCUAGAGAAACUGCAGGAGAGCUGUUGCUGGGGAAGUCCGGGAUGUACUUUGUGGAGGACAGUUCUGCUGAAGCCCAUGACACUCAGGAUCCCCAGGAGGAGAUGGAGCCUGCCUCCUUCUCCUGGACCUAUGAGGAGAUUAAGGAGGUCCAUAAGCGCUGGUGGCAGCUGAAGGACAGAGGCGUGGAGAUAUUUCUGACCAAUGGCAGGACCUUUCUACUGGCAUUCGACAACACCAAGUUCCGUGACACAGUUUACCAGAAUAUUCUCUCGUCCAACCUGCCCAACCUGCUGGAGUACGGUAACAUCACGGCGCUCACACACCUGUGGAGCAGCGGUCAGAUUUCUAACUUUGAGUACCUCACACACCUUAACAAGAACGCCGGCCGCUCCUUCAACGACCUCAUGCAGUACCCCGUCUUCCCCUUCAUCCUGAGGGACUACACCAGCGACACACUGGACCUAAACGAUGCUGCCAUCUACAGGAACCUCAGUAAACCAAUAGCAGUGCAGACUAAAGAGAAGGAGGACCGAUAUGUGAGCAACUACAAGUACCUGGAGGAGGAGUUUAGGAGGGGAGCUGAUGAGAAGGCCUCCAUGCCCCCUGUGCAGCCGUAUCACUACGGCUCCCACUACUCCAACAGCGGCACCGUGCUGCACUUCCUGCUCAGAAUGCCCCCCUUCACCAACAUGUUCCUGGUCUACCAAGACCGCAGCUUUGACAUCCCAGACCGUACCUUCCACUCUAUGGAUACUACAUGGCGCCUGUCCUCCUACGAGUCCAUGACUGACGUCAAGGAGCUCAUCCCGGAAUUCUUCUACCUGCCUGAAUUCCUGGUCAACAGAGAAGGGUUCGACUUUGGCCUGCGGCAGAACGGGGAGCGUGUGGACCAUGUCAGCCUGCCCCCCUGGGCCCGGAACGAUCCGCGUUUGUUCGUCCUGAUCCAUCGGCAGGCGCUGGAGUCGGAGCAGGUGUCCCAGACGCUGUGCCACUGGAUCGACCUGGUCUUUGGGGUUAAGCAGAAAGGCAAAGCCGCGAUUCAGGCCAUCAACGUCUUCCACCCCGCGACGUAUUUUGGGAUGGACGUGUCGGCGGUGGAAGACCCGGUGCAGCGGCGGGCCCUGGAGACCAUGAUAAAGACGUACGGCCAGACGCCACGGCAGCUCUUCAGCAGCACCCACAUCAGCCGCUCCGGGCCCCACCUCCUCCCGGAGAGUGAGCUGCCUGCUGCCGUGGGCCUGUUUGUCCAGCGGGCCUUCAGAGAGAGCAAGGAGCCGCCCAGGGAGGUGGUCUGCCAGAGCCCCCUGCCCUGGAUCAAAGGGCUGAAGUGGGGUGACUACGUGGGGUCCCCUUCUGCCCCCGACCCCGUGGUGUGCUUCAGUCAGCCCCACGGAGAACAUUUCGGCUCCCUGCUAGCCCUGCCCACCCGGGCAGUCUGCGGCCUGUCCCGCAACUUCUGCCUCAUGAUGAUCUACAGCAAGGAGCAAGGUGUGCGGAGCAUGCACAGUACGGAUAUCCAGUGGUCGGCCAUCUUGAGCUGGGGCUAUGCUGACAACAUACUGCGACUCAAGAGCAGGCAGAGUGAGCCGCCAGUCAACUUCAUCCAGAGUUCCCACCUGCACCAGGUCAGCAGUUGUGCUUGGGUCCCUGACAGCUGCCAACUCUUCACAGGCAUUAAGUGUGGAGUGAUCAUGGCCUACCACUGCGGCUUCACCAACACCAUGCCCUCAGAGAUGGAGGUGGACUCCCAGGUGCACCUGUACGGCCACACAGCAGAGGUGACCCACCUGUUUGUCUGCAAGCCCUACAGUGUGCUCAUCAGUGGCAGCCAAGAUGGCACCUGCAUCCUCUGGGAUCUGAACAGGUUAUGUUACAUACAGAGCCUCAUGGGGCACAAGAAUCCUGUCACAGCCGUGUCUGCCAGCGAGACCACAGGUGACAUCGCCACUGUAUGCGACUCAGCAGGGGGCGGCAGUGACCUCCGCUUGUGGACGGUGAAUGGAGCCCUUAUUGAAUUGGCUCACUGCAGAGAAACCAUCCACUCUCUGGCGUUCUCCAAUCAGCCAGAAGGCAUGUCCGUCAAUGUUAUCGCCGGGGGACUGGAGAAUGGUGUCGUCAGACUCUGGAGCACUUUAGACCUGAAGCCUGUCAGAGAGAUCACUUUCCCCAAGUCCAACAAACCCAUCAUCAGCCUGACGUACUCGUGUGAAGGACACCACUUGUACACGGCCAACGGCGAUGGCACGGUGAUGGUCUGGUGCCGGCGGGACCAGCAGCGGAUGAAGCUCCCCAUGUUCUACUCCUUCCUCAGUAGCUACGCUGCUGGUUGACCUCAUGUGCUUCCCCAGAGACACCAGGGAUUGUCAGAACAUGUGCCCAACCCAGCGGGAGCUCUACUGGGCUCUAUAAGCCAGUCCCAUCAUUCUAAAAGAAUGAGAAAGCUAAGAGAGAUGUGUACAUAUAUGAAUAUAAGAAAUCUGAAUGUAUUAAGAUGUAUAUAUAUAUGGAAGGGAGUUGUUCACAGAUUCUGGCUGGGGGAUUUGAUGCUCAGAUGGUGCUUCUUCAACCUGAUCUCAAGUGUUUCAUCAGACUUUUUUCAUUUGUACAUUUUUUCCUCCUGUGACUGUUUUUUCUUUUUUGCCACGAAAGUGGUUCAAAUGUAUAGCUGGCUGGCUCCAUUUUGAUUUGUUUUGGAGUAUGUUCCCUUCUAAACUGCUACAGACUGGCUUUGCCAGACAAGGGUGCUGUUACAGCUGCUGCACCCUCUGACCUCUCUGAGCCUUCUGUCCCUCUCCAGUCAUUAUCCCUCUAUGAUAAAGCCCACUAAGGCUCUGUGGCUGUCAUCUUGUACAGAAACUAGACCCUGCGUAGCCACUUAUGUUUCUGAUGUGAUGUCACAGAAUUUGGGCCCCUGUGUGUUAUCUUGUGGCAUGCUGGGUACUCGUGCCAAGGGAGUAGCUACAGGGUGUGUGAGAUAAGAUAACCUGAGAUAUGCUUUAUUGAAUCCUGUGGGGUAAUUUACCCUCUGGACUUAACCCAUCUUGGCUACUUAGGAGCAGUGGUUGGCCACAAUGCAGCACCUGGGGACCAACUCCAGCUGUGAGGCCAGUCCCUUGGUCAAAGACAAUGGCAGGAGUACAGCUAACGUGACAUGCAUGUCUUUCGGCGUGGGAGGAAACCGGAGUACCCAGACAAAAACUAUGUGAACACGGGAGAACAUGCAAACACCAUGCAGAGAAGAUCUGGCCAGCUGGGAGUCAAACCCAUAACCUACUUCUUGCAAGGCAACAGCGCUAACCACUGCACCGCUGCAUGUACAGUGCAAACUGUCACUUAUCCUCAGUGUUUUACUCCGGAGACUGUUACAAGUGUCUCAUUAAAAUCAUGAGGAGUCAGAGCAAAAUUGCCCUCUUGCAAGACAGAUUUCUUCCCAAGGUACAAGUAAUUUUACUGGAAUGGCUCAGAAGAGUGCUAGUCUUUCCUGUGUCCCUUGAAAACUGGAAGCAGUAGAAUGAAAUUCUAUUUCAAAUUUAAAAUCCGCUUUCAACUGCAGAGGACAUCGGAGGAUCUGCAGAGAACCAAUUUUUGAUCGGUGUGACUUUCCAUACUGCCCUGGCCGUAAAUCCUUAAAUGUUCUUUCCUUUACUCUGGAUUAAAGUAGUCAUGUUGUUUGUUAGGUUAGAGGAUGUGGUGGAGAAAAAAAAUCAGGGCUGAAAUCACUUGUGGUACCAUGAUCCCUGCAUUUGCUGCUGCAGUAUAAUUUCACAUUUAGCCUUAAAUAAUUUGUGUUGGUAGUUCAUAGGAUUGCACAUCCUACGUUUCGUGUAAUGCUUAAAAACUACUUGAAAGGGAGAGUUCUUGUUGUGUCAUGCUCACAACAAGUAUUUAAUUUUCCAGUGAAUUUUGUAAUGAGUUUAUGCAGAUUUACAUAAUGCUUCUUUAGCCGGUUUCAGUAAAGUAUGAAAAUAAUAUAACUGGUGCCUUUUCAGUUUUUUUACAUGGACUUGUCCACCCAAAGCUCUACAUGUUUACAAUGUGUCAUAUGAUCAAAGGCUCUAUUUCUGUAUUUGUAUACAUGUACAUAUAAUCUCCCUCAUGUUUCUCCUUAUGUCUGUAUGUUGUGUGUAAUGCAAUGGUGUGAAAAGCAGUGUGUUAAAUUAAUAUGUUCUACAAAUGUUAUUGGGUUACAAAUACUUACUGCAAAAACAGAAUUUGAAAUGUUUUCAGAGGACCAUUGAGAAGGUUUUUGUUGUCGGUUUAUUUAUUCUUUCUUUGUUUGUUGAAUCCAUUGGCAUGUGAGUUCAUGUAGCUGUCAAUACACAUUUCUAUUAUGAA